GGCCAGCGCGCCUGCACGCCUGUGCGUAGGCCAUCCCGCCGGGGCGGCCAGCGCGGCUGCACGCCCGUGUUUGGUGGUAAUAAGAGUGCACUCCUGUCUUAGGUCGCCAGUGGGCUGCCGCUCGCCGCCACCAAGAUGACCAUCACGCGGCUUUACGGCGGGGAGGCCGACCCCGGGGCCAGCGUGCGCGCCGUGCUGCGCGAGGGCAGGGCGUGCGCCGACCCGCCGGCCUGCGUGGCGCUCAUGCGGCGCCGCUACCGCAACAGGCACGCCAUCGCCAUCAGCGACAACUACGUCCGCUUCGCCGGGGCGAGCGUCGACCUCAUCCCCACGGACGAGACCGUCAUCGCGUACUACAACAUGAUGCUCUUCAGGCGCGGCCACCCGCUGCUCGAGAUCGUCAACCAGCACGUGCUGUUGGCCAUGCAGUCCGGCCUGAUCCUGCACUGGGAGCGAGCCGUCCGCCUGCUGAAGCACGUCGAGGACGAGGACGCCGCCGACGGAGAUGAGGACAACCACGACCUCGGCCUCGACAGCAUCGGCUUCGUGUUCGGCGCGCUCCUCGUCGGCUGUGCCUCGGCCGCCCUCUGCUUCGCCCUCGAGUGCGUCGUCGGCAGGGGUCGGGGGGCGAGGGAUGGACGACUCGGGCGAGUCGGGCGGGACUCGAUCAGGCCCAGGCCGCGCGCCGGCUGGGUAGGCGACCCAACGGCCACCGCGGUCUGGCAGCGGCCGGCCUACGCCACAGGCGCCCGCCGCUCACUGCGGACCUACGUGAGGCCGGCCAAUCAACAGAUAAGGCCCAUUCGACUUUUAUAA